AUAUUGCUUUGUCGCCUUGCGUCGUGCCGUGCCGUGCGUGCAGUGUCUGCGGAUAUUGAAUCAUCAAAGCCAGUUGUUGCAGUUACCACAGCCAGCAUACUUCUUCAAUUAUCUUCCUCGUGAUCCUCAACCAGUAUAAUGGGUGACCGUAUUAAGUUUGGUCCGGAGUGGCUUCGCAAUUUGGCCCCCGGGACGUCGGGCACCAACAAUCAGAACCAAGCCCAGCCAGCCAGUCCCACCUCCACUACCGGGCUCACCUCCACUACUGGGCCCACGCCUGGGCCGUCGGGCCUCGCGACGGCCAGUCCAUCGGGAGACAAUACAGUAUCCAGUUCCACCUCAGGAUCCAUUGGCAGCCCCUCAAACACUCCCUCACCUAAUCCAGUACCCAAAAUUCUACUGGCCAAACUAAGAUAUGGCAGAGAAGAAAUGCUAGCGUUGUAUGAUCGCACAUCGGAUGCACCGCCUGAAUUAAAAUAUAUUGAUAUGCUGUACCAGCCGAGAGGAAAGCCACCGUUCGCGCUAAAUAACACGUUUGAAGACGAUAUGAGAGAAAAUAUGAGAAGCGGUCCUCCCAUAGGAGUGGGGUCACCAGGGGAGAGGUUCAACAACAUGGGAAGAGGCAUGGGCCGGGGGAUGAGUCCUAACGAUGGACGGGGGAGGCCCAGACUCCCUUUUGUCCGACAGACUUCAAUGGGAAGGGCAUGCGCGCGGCCUCACGGCCACGGGCACGGUCUUCCCAGAAUGCCUGGGUUCAAUGCAGCUGCCGACGACGACUCAUCGCCCAGCCCUCGGGCAUCGUGGAGCGGCAACAGCCCGAGCACUUCACAGAACAGAACCACGGGCGAGCAGGCGGAAUGGACGCCCAGCAAAAUGUUUAGAAGCAAGCGCCAGGGGCAAACAACUAAUUGGAGGCAGGCGCGAGAGGAGGGCGAGGAGUGGCGAAACCAGGACGCAGGGCGAUCUCGCAAUAAUCAACAGGAGAAGUGGGAGCGAGAUUGGGGCGAUAGAUCAUCUCAAGACAAACAAUCAUGGAAUUCAAAUCGUCGUACAUGGGUUGGAGGAGACACACAAAAUGAGGAAAACUUGCCAGAAUGGGCUGUAGACAACGCCGAAGCGUGUGCUGGAACGUUCGAUGCAUCUGGAGCGUUCCACGGUUACAGUAACGAUGACACAAACUUGCCGAAGAACCAGGAGCCGCUCUAUCCACUCGCACGCUCUCAUACGCACGGCAAUGUCACCCGAGCCAAAACCGAAGAAGGGCUAGAUGAUUGGUGGUCGUCUGACAAGGCAAAAAAGCUUUCUCCAAAACGAUUCGAUGCCAGCGACGUCAAGUUCAAGAAGCAAACCAGUGCUCCAGAAUCAUUGGAUGCGGUGGCUGAUUCGUCAUCCAGGUUAGAUACGGACUCACAGGAAGCCGGAGCUCUAAAAAAAAUAUCAAACUUAGAGUCUCUAGAAGUUCUAUCAGAUAUGAGCGAUAUGGCUCGGAUGCCAAUGAUGAAUUUAACCUCAAUAGAGUCGAUAUCGUCAGAGCUAAUGGAUCAAGCUCUAAAACACCGAAAUUUAGAAUCCAUUGACACCCUAUCCUCGGAUCUAACCGAUACUGCCUGUGGGGGUGUCUGCGACGAUGACAAGUUCAAUAAAAUUGUCCGAGAUUCAUUCAAACAAAAAUACGACUCCCUGAUGAGGUCCGACAUAAAUCGCGAGGAAACUAGUGAUGAUAGUAGCAAUUUCCAGUCAGUUAUGAUCACCACAAAUAACAGCCUCCGCCAAAAACAUCAGAAUAUAGUCUCUUCAGCCUCUGAUAUGAUUGUCGUAACCAAGCGCCCUCAAGACCAAAUCGUUGAGGAUAUCUUCGACAUGAACUUGGAGGAUAAAGAUCUGCUAUCGAAAUCGAAAGCAAUGCCCAGCCCAUUAGACAAUAAUAAUACCCAGCCGUCUAGUUCGGGCGGAAUGCCGGCUAUGCAACAACUGCCGAACCCAGCAAUGCAGAUGAGGCUUUCGAACCCAGGCCUAGCCGCGUCUAACAGCGGUUUGCUGUCUGCUAACCCGAAUAUGCCAUCCGGUAUGCAAGGAAUGCCGACAGGAAUGCAGGGCCUUCCCUCCGGAAUGCAAGGAUUGCCUGGUAUGCAAGGGCUACCUGCUGGUUUACAAAUUGGAGGAUUACCACCAUCCCUUCAAGUCCCUGGUAUGCAACCCCUGGCAAUGCAAGGUCCUGGAGGCCAGCAACAAGGACUCUCUGGAGCCGGAAUGCAAGGCCCUGGAAAUCAGCAACAAGGGCUUUCUGGUGUGGGAAUGCAAGGUUCUGGAAACCAGCAGGGGCUCUCUGGCGCCGGAAUGCAAGGCAUGCAGCAGUCGAUGCCUGGGCCCGGAAUGCAAGUUCCCGGGAUGCAGUCAUCUGGUAUCCAAGCAGGAUUGCAGCCUGGAAUGCAGCCGGGGAUGCAGGGAGGUAUGCAGCCAAUGCAGCCUGUCGGGAUUACUAAUUCGGCCUUGAAUGCGUCGCUGGGCCUGCCUAUUGGGCCUGGUAAUAAUGGAAUGGGAAUACCGAUGCCGUCGUCUGUCAUGCCUAGAGAUGGUAUGGGGAAUCCAGGCAUGGGUGCGGGUCUGCAAGGUGCCAUCGGUGGAGGCCCGAUGCAGCCUGGCGGUGCUGGAAUUGCAGGCUAUCCAAAUGCCGCUGGCAUACCUGGAUUGUCCAAUUCAUCACUCUUCCUCAAUCAGAACUCGAAUAAUCCAUCGAUGGGGAAUUCCGAUUCCAUUCCGAUGCCAAACCACGGCAACCACAGCAACAUGUACCAAAUGCACGGGUUGCAACAAUCGGGCUCGCAGGGUGCCUUCGGCUCAUCCAUCUAUAGCAACAUGAUGCAGCAACCGCCGCCAACAUCCGGCCAGCAGGGCAUAGCAGAUCAGUGGUAUUAUGAGGAUCCGGAGAGAAACAUCCAAGGGCCAUUCUCCUCCAGAGACAUGUACAACUGGUACCGAGCUGGUUUCUUUAACCCCAGUCUGAUGGUCCGCCGAGCGUGUGAUGCACAUAUGCGUCCGCUCGGCUCGUAUGGGCCUGUGGUGCCUUUCUCCCAUAUUGAUAUGGUGAAUUUCCCUCUGUCUGGAGGUUUCGACCAUACGCCGGGUCCGAACGAGUCCAUGCUCAACUCGCAGCAAGCUCUGGGACUGGAAUCUGAUUCACUGUGGGGCCAGCCGUCUCCGUCGGCAGACCUGCUAUGGGUGCAGCCCAUGCCACGUGACAACCGCGUCAGCAACCUGCCUCUAUAUUUCUGGGAGCCACAGCCGUCAGCCGUAGCGUCAAACGCUUUAUUGCCAGAAGAAAUCGCUAAGGAGAUGAAGACGGAAGACCAGAUUCUGGCGCAGCUCAGGGCUUCGCAGAACAUCGGAGGAGCCCAGAACUUGUCGUUCAUGGCCGACUCGCCCGUGGGAAGCGUGCCCGGAAAACCCGACGACCCGUUCACAUCGCCCACAGGUGCCACCCCGGACAUGGGAGAACUGCAGAAACUUAUCCAGAAAGAUACGCUUGCGGCUAAACCUGUCAUGGAGACCGUUGAGAAUAUUGAAGCAAAGCACAAACAAGAAAAAACGCCUAAGGUGGAACAACCAACUGAAGUGAACAACCAAAAGGCUCAACAGCAACCAACACAACAGCCGCAACAAGCGGCCAAACCUGCCCCUGAGUCGAAGCAAGGCAAGCAAGCUAAAAACGAAAGUGAGAAAUCAGCCAAAAACAAGGAAAAUAACAACACUAAGAGUAAGAAUAAGAAAAAGGAAGACAAAAAAGAUGAGCUAGAUAAUAAGACUAAAGAUGAAGAAAAUGCCAAAGCCGAGAAAAGGUCAGAUGAAACGUCGCCAGUCAAGAGCAAAAAAGAAGAUAAGGCUAACAAGAAGGAGUUAGAAAAAGAAAAGAAGGAAUGGCUCAAAGAAGGAUUCACCAUUGUGAAAGGUUCUGAAAAGAAUGCCAACAAAGAUAACAAGAAGAAGGCCGAAGAAGCCAAAGCGGCCGAGGAAGCUGAGCGCAAGAGGAAAGAGGAAGAGAAGCAAGCAGCGGAUGAAGAAAAGAAACGCAAGCAAGCCGAGAAGAAACAACAACAGGAGAAUCAACAGCAGCAGCAAAGGCCUGCCACUGAGUCGGUGACGAAGAAGGCGCCGUGGUCAGCAGUGGCCAACCAAUCGAUGUUCGCGACCAGCAAGGAAGGGCUGACCCUCACAGAGAUCCAGCGCUUGGAGCGGGAGAAGAAACUCGAGCAGAUCAAGGAACAGCAGCAGAUGAUGCAGAUCAUCGCUCAGCAGCAAGCAGCGGCGCUCGCCAGGGAACAGGAAAUGCAAGUUGGUUUGGGUUGGGCGAAGAAGAAGGGAAUCAAUGUCCACCCUCCUGGCCAAAGUUUGGCAGAGAUUCAGGCUGAGGCUCGCAAGGCAGCGGCCGCGGCGGCGGCGGCGGUGUCGGCGUCGGCGGCGGCCCAAGCUAUGGAAGAGGCGGCUCAACCGCCCCCUAACCACGUGCCGUGGGGCGGCGCCGUCCCACCCAACGGAGGUGGCUUCUGGGACUCGCCGUCAGCGCAGCCGUCGAAGUCUGAGAGGCCGCAGGAGUCGCCAAAAGCCCCGGAGCCCAAGCCCAAGAAGAAGAUCACCAUCAACACGCCCAAGAAGGAGACAUCCCCCGCCAUCGAGUUCGAGUCUUGGUGCACCACUGUGCUGACGUCAUGGAGCUCCAAGAUUGAUGUGCCCACUUUCGUCGGAUUUUUGAAGGACAUUGAAUCGCCGUACGAAGUCAAAGACUACGUUAAAUGCUAUUUGGGAGAAUCGAAGGAUUCCAAUGAUUUUGCUCGUCAGUUCCUUGAGAGGAGGUCGAAGCUGUUGCGCGUCGGAAUGGUGACCCCGUCCGAUGAUCUCUGCUCGCCAGCCAUGGCGGUUAACCCGCGCACCAACUCGGGCUCCGAUUACCAAGAAGUUAAAGGAAAAGGCAAGAAGACCAAAAAGAACAAAAUGCUUAAGGUGGACGCGCGCAUCUUGGGGUUUUCCGUGACUGCAGCGGAGGACCGGAUUAACGUCGGUGACAUCGACACAGCGUGAAUCGCCCCAUGCCUCCUUCGCUCUAAUAACUCACCUUGUGAUAACCCAUCGGAUAAACCCGUCGCACGACGAUAACUUAGGCUAAGCUCGGCAUUGUUACGUAAGGCAAACGACCAGUCACAUUGUAAUCGCUCUAGGGAACCUUAUUGUCAAUUUGUGUGUGUGUCGCUCGGGUGUCUCACUUUUUGGGUAAACCUAAAAAGUGCGCGUCUCGAGCUAUUAACUUUAAGAAAGUUCCUUGUUAUCAGUAUUAGACAUAAUACUCAUGGCGAAUCAUCGGACGCUAUAUCAAUUUUCUAAAGGUUUCCCAAUAUCAAAAUGCUGAUGAAAAUCUGGCGACAUUGAGCAGUGAAUUGGCGCAAGCGCGUUACGAAGUCCAGCGAGCCUCCAGCUUCCUUCCCCGUUCUCUUCUAUUUUUCUCCAAACACUUGCACCUCUUUUAGCUCCAUAAAAUUGGGCUAACACGAAUGGACACUGUCUUCCAAGAGGGCAUUUCUGUCUAAACUUGAAAUUCAAACAUGAUUCGUAUUUCAGAUCCUCAAUUUAACAUUGAUGCUAAGCACUACAAAUCAUUUCAGGUAAGUGUGAUAUGUAAAUUACACUAGAUUAUUUCUAUUGAUCAGCUAUUUUAUUGAUCAGACAUUUCUAUUUCCAUCAGCCGUCAACGACACCCUUGCUUAAUCUUUGGUGCGAAUGUUAAGUCACUGACAGGUAUACGAAUCUGAUUUGGAAUAUACCUACGUUCUUCUUGCUCUUCUCGAGUUGAACAGUUACAGAUACUGGGUAGAUAGAUAUUCAUCACACGACUUUGACUCGGAAACGGGUUUCGUCUGCUCUUGCAUAAUAAAAUGACAAUUAUUGUGCCUUCAGUGUGUUCUGACCGUUGGGUGGGUAUUUAUUUUAUAUGAUAUGAUUAAUGUGCACGUAUUUAUCAUGUCCGAAACGCCUUGCUAAAGGAACAGUAUAUUUAACGUUGUUAUUCCCAAACUACCAUCUUUUCACAUCACAAUGCAAUGGAAGCAUUCAUACAUUUAGUUUUCUAGUCAUUACAUUGAAUUAAUUCUAAUUUUAAAUGCAACAAUCAAAUCCAACAGUCGCGUCGCGAUUUUAAAUCAUUUUUAAGUAAGUUAUUUUAAAAACAUAGUUUUAUUAUAAAAUAAAUGCAUGUGCAAUCGCUAACAUUCUUUUAUACUAAGUCUUACUUGUUUUGUUAUUGUCCUUAGAAAUUUAUUUAUUUUGAUGCAUAUUUGCCUCUGGUCGGUUGCUGCACGGCCAUUUUGUAACGACCAUUUUUAGGUUAGGAUAUUGAAGUAUUUAUAGAUUGCAGAUUUAACACGGAGCUUUGAGUGCUACGGAAAGCAUAACACGAAGGAACAUGUCGUUACUCCAAUAGCAGACUAAAUAACGAAAACAUUGAUAGCCCAGUGUAACUUUGGAUCGGUCUCUAGUGUCUUCUCUGGCUAUGAACCUUGACUUACACCCUUCAAUUUUAACAAUUUAAACGAACGAUGAAACGCUGCUGUCGGCUAUUAUGCAUCUUUUUGUAAACUUUGACUCACUCUGACGAGAAAGCUCAGUUCUGAAGUCUUUACUAGUGUAAACAAUGCAUAAUAUUAAUAACCUAAAGUAUUAGUUGUAUAGGUGGUCGCACACGUUGUGAACUCUGAUCGGCGGCAUCUUGCACCGGCCUUUCUGCUUACCUUAGUGGCUCACCUUACGCUGUAGCUACGUGCACCAAGAGGUUAGCUAUCUAGUUGCCCCCGCUUAUGUCUGUAGCGCACAGCCGUCGUGGCGUGAGCGUAGAAACUCACAGAAACCUGAUGCCACGCACAAACCGACCGUGUACCAAAGUCUUCAUAUGUGCGACUCCCACUCUUCCUAUAAAUAAGUAUUUAAGUAAAUGUUGUUUUGAUGUUCAAUGUUUAAGAUGUAGCUACGUUUGGUCACUUGUGUUGAUAACAGUUGAUAAUACGCUAUCAAGGCGAUGAUUUUAUAUCACUAGAGAUGUUUUCUUCAAUGUAUUACAUAAAAUCAAUAUUUUAAUGACUCUUGGGCUGUGCACUCGUAUCUUUGCACUUUUUUGGUCGUGAUUAUAAGUUAACAACACUCAUUAGUAUAGACAUGUAGUGUAAGAUGAUCAUCGUUUAGUUCUCAGCUUUUUAAGGCCGGAGUUUUGAUUUAAAUAUACAAGAGGCAUUUAGUCAAUCUGACAAGAAAUGAUUGAACCUUCAAUACCUAUCUGUUUCUAUUAAUUACCUACGGCCUCAAACUCUUGGUGAUAAUUUUUUUAAAUAAUAUUGAUGUACUAACAGUUGGAAAUAACUUUCGUCUAGUAUCAGUGUGAUUCAGUAUUAGUAACAAAGAAAGUAUAAUAAUGUAGUAGACGGAAUAAAUCAAUGUUCAAUGUUAGGCUCAAUGUGAAAAAUAGAUAUUAAGUCGUUCAAACGAAUAUGAUACUAAAUGUUGAAGUUUUAACAAAUUAACAGUUUGUAAUGUUAUGCUUCCUACACAGUAUGCCGGAAGGAUUGAAAUUCUACAAAUUCUUGUUUGAUAUUAGCUUAGCAAUACAUGGUAUUCUCACUUCAUAGUGUUGUAAUAACUGCUCCUGCAGAGUGUUUCAUGUCAAUUAUUAUUCGACCGUUGAAUCGGCAAAGUAUACUGUAUCGAAACUAUGGUGUGUACUCGGUGUUGUCUCUGAAUCUAUCAGAUUAAGCUAUCGAUUCUUGUACCCGUGUGAAUUAAGCAAAUUGAUUAAUAUAACUGUUACAAUACAUUUAAUAAAUACAGUUAAUGUUUUAGAUAUUUACACAUUUUAAUUGAUUGACAUUAAAUAGUUUAAUAAAUACAGAAAUCGACAAUUAUUUGUUUGGGAUCCUCCAUUAUUAUAACAUUUAAUUAAUGAUUGAUAAAUAGUUUUUGACGUACCUAACAGCACAGUUGUGAUCAUGCAUGGAUGCUGCACAUGCAUAAGAAAUAAUAAACACACUAGCUGUGACAUUUGCAAUAUGUAUGAGCGCGAAGUCUUUUAACCUUAGCGCUAAGCCUAGUUCUUCAUGUCGAGGUUAUUUUAGUUUGCUGUUAAUUUUAUUUGUCGAAUAGUUUGCGCAAUGCUGUAUGGCCGUUAUUAUUUAGUUAAUUGUUUACAUAAAAUUGUAAGGAAUUUGUUAGUGUUUUAUGUAUAUACAUUAUUUUAACAAUUAAAAUUUAAAUAUUGUGUAAUCGUUUGUAUAUACUUUUUAUUACUACAUUAUUUCUUAUGCGACAUUAUUUUGUAAAAAAAUAACUAUUUAGGUUCACUUACUCGACAUGAUAGUAGAGAAAAACAAAUAUUUACUUUAAUUUCAAAUAGCGCUUUGUAAAUAUACAUUGACGGAAUCAAAAUUUGUUGCUCACUGGUUACCUCAAAACAAAAUCUGCUAUGUUAUUAUUUAAAAUAUAGUAUAUUGGUUAUGCUUAAGUUAUGUUAUAUCUUUAGUAUUAUUACAGUCUACGCGGUUAUAUUUGGAAACAAUUUUAAAUAUUAGAAUCAGGCUGAACACAAUUUCAAAUAUAAGAUUUUAGUGUUACUACUGAUAGCUACAUAACAGUUUUUGUUUUGGUAAUCAUUCGGUAUGCUUAAAAACAGUUCAUGUAAGUACUUUAAUAAGCGUUCAAAUUGAGACUGCUCCAUUUUAAAAUGAACCUUUUGGACAAAAAUUAAUGCUCGAUAUCUGAAUUCCUGCCCAGAUUAUACGUUUGAGACAAGGUUCUAAGGUGGCCUAAAUUAAAAAUCGGUAAAUUUGCGUACUAUCCUGUUUAAGACCCUUAAUUAUUAUUAUUUUAAAUAUGUAAUUCUAUUUUAAUGUAUGAAUCAGAUAAUAUGUAAUGUUAUGAAUUUAAUUUGUCUUCAGUCGACUGAUAAAUUCGGCUCAGGCCUGAAAUAUCUGUUUUCCUAAAAUUUACAAAACUCAAAAAGUCUACGUACUCAUCAUGUUUUCAUUCCUAUUUUGUCAGCUUUAUCGAAAUGUCUUCAAUUUAAAUGUGGCAGUCUUAGAAGGUCUUCUAUUCAUAAUGUUUACAUUUCUAUUAUUUCAUUAUCAAUGUUCAGUAUCUGAAAAGCGAAGUAGCGAACAUUGUACAAGAAAUGACAUUCUUGGAGGCAGACAAUUUUAUAUUGUUGACAUUUUGAGAAGCUGACAUUAUGCAAAAGACGUGCUUACAUUCUGAUUAGCAGUCAUUUUGCGAAAAAUACAUUUUAGAAAAUGGAUAUUUCAGGCCUGAGCCAUAAAUUCGAGUAUGUUGACGAUGUGUUUUUAGGCAUUAUGCAUUUUAUAAUUAAUUAUGUCCAGCUGAUCAAAGCGCUAAUUACUUUCUUUUAGAAUCUUAAUGUUUCGGGGUUUAGGAGUGUGCGAAACCGAAUUUGUAGUGUUUUAUUAUUUUUAUAAAUGAUUUGUUUUAGAAUCGUUAUUCGUAUGUCGAAACACCUUGUCUUCUACUCUAAUUAAUAUUUAGGGAUAUUGUCUUAAUUGUAAUGGUUUUUGAGGUAGGUGCGUGUAGUAUUAGAAGCGAAGGGAACAAUAUCGUUCGAUUAAUGUAGUUAACUUGACAAUGAUGAUUUCAUGCGUCCACACCUACCUCUAGAACUCGGUCAAUUAGGCGCAAGAACUAAACUGUUAGGUAUAUUUUAAUGAUAAUGUCAUUUGUCACCAAUUUCGGCCAGUCAAUAAAAAGGCAUAGAGAAAUGCUUGAAACACAAUUUUUGACUUAGUAAUUUUGGACUAGUGUACGGACUACGGACAAAAACUUUGGUAUCUUGUUCACCUCCUAACUAGUCCAUAAGGCUACGAAAAAAAUUGUAUCUCAAAAAUUUCCCUCUAUACCUUUUUUCGAGUGUUCAUUAACUGGACUAAAAGCAUCGUGUUUCAUUGAAGUCAUAACAACUGCCCUUCCAGGAACUCUGUUAAGGCUGUAUUUAUCGAUUGGAAUGAUAUUGUGUGGUUCUGUGGGGUCAAAAUAUGGAUUGAGCUGAAGAGUGUCGUUCUCGGUAGAAAGAAAUCGGGGAAGUGCUGGAAAUGUUGAAAUUGUUAAUAAGUACAGCCUUAUAUUAAAAAAAAAGCAAUACGUGUACUGAUCUUUUUAAACUUCUUGUGAAUGUUGAAUGUUUCGAUUAUUAUUACAUAAUUAUAUUAAUAUGUUUUAAAGACGUGUAAAUAUUAUUUUAGAGUUUAAAAAUAAAAUAAUUGAUCAUUCAUAA